AUGGCUUUUCGUACACCUUCUACAACAGAUACUUCGAGUCAGGAUAAUGCUAUACGCGGAACUAACGACGACGCGGUGACAAGUAAACUGUCGGCAGUUAAUACGGGAUAUAUUAAUGAUAUAUUCGUAAAAUAUUUUGUUAAAAGACCAUCGAAGAGACCUCCAAUCAUCAAUAGAGGUUCAUAUGUUCGUAAUACGGGUUUAGAUAUAUUGAUCACGAAAUUUUUGGAAGUUGGUGGUGAAAAGUUAAAGAAACAAAUCGUAUCACUUGGAGCAGGAUCUGAUACGCGAUAUUUUCAUUUUAAGAAUACAUUACGUAAAUUUCAUAAAUAUUUUGAAAUCGAUUUUCCUGAAAUUACAUCAAAAAAAGUUGCAAUAAUUCUUAGAAAUAAGGAUCUAUCACAUUUAAUUGGGACCAAAAUGCAAAUUGGAAAAGGAGGUACGGAAAUUUACGCGCCAGAUUAUUGUUUAAUAUCAGGAGAUCUUAGAGAAUGGGAGGAUAAUUUAGUGCCGCGAUUAGAAGAACACGGCUUUAAUCGAAGUAUUCCAACAUUAUUUUUAUCAGAAUGUGUAUUAAUUUAUAUGGAUCCAAUUGAUUCUAAUAAAAUCGUACAAUGGGUUGGAGAUAAUAUGAAAGUAGCAAUGUUUAUAGUCUUUGAACAAAUUUUACCAAAUGAUCCUUUUGGGUCUGUCAUGUUACAAAAUUUAAGAGCUGUUAAUAUUGAACUUCGUGGUAUAUACGCUUAUCCUGACUUACAAAGUCAAAAAGAUCGUUAUCUACGGCGUGGAUGGACUCAUGCCGAAGCUGUUGACAUAAAUGAAAUUCAUGAUCGUCAUAUUGAUUCAAAUGAACUUUCCAGAAUAUCAAAAUUGGAAUUUCUUGAUGAACUCGAGGAAUGGCGUCUUCUUGCUACUCAUUAUUGUAUCGCUUGGGCUUAUACUGUAAAAGAUGCAAAAGAUAAAUCUUUAUUUGAUCAUGUAAAAUUUGUCAACUAUGAACGGACAGAGAACUUAUCAUAUUUAACCUAUGUGUAA